AUGGCCCCGAAGGAGGACAUGCUGCCCCCGGGCUGGGAGGAUCCCGACAGGCAAAUGGGCCAGCUCUUUAUGAUGGGUUUCGAUGGCACCACGGUCAGCCCUCAGAUUCGUUCACUCAUCGAAAACUACCAUUUGGGAUCGGUCCUUCUCUCAGCCAAAAACCUUAAAUCUGCGGAGGAAGCUACCCGACUGGUUCUCGAAUUACAGACCAUUGCCCGCGAUGCUGGUCACCUCGUUCCACUGAUGAUCGCACUGGAUCAAGAAAAUGGCGGCGUCAACAGCUUAUAUGAUGAGAUUUAUAUACGUCAAUUCCCCAGUGCCAUGGGAAUCGCGGCAACCGGGUCAAAAGCACUGGCUCAUGAAGUUGCCGUUGCGACAGCUCAAGAGCUAAAGGCUGUUGGGGUCAAUUUGAUUUUGGGCCCCGUCUUGGAUGUGCUAACUAAUGUUCGAAAUCAGCCCUUGGGUGUUCGUACCACCGGUGAUGACCCCCAGGAGGCGUCUCAGUAUGGUGUCCAGUUCAUGAAAGGAUAUCAACAAGCGGGACUUGCGACUUGCGGCAAACAUUUCCCAUCCUACGGAAACCUAGAGUUCCUCGGCUCGCAUGCCGACGUGCCCAUCAUCACAGAGUCUCUCGAGCAGCUAAGCUUGAGCGCACUGGUUCCCUUUCGUAAUGCGAUUAAUCACGGGUUGGAUGCGAUGAUGGUAGGCGGAGUCUCGAUGUCAUCGGCCGGGAUGAAUGUCAUGCAUGCCUGUUUGAGUGACCAAGUUGUCGACGAGCUCUUGCGGAAAGAUUUGAAGUUCCAAGGAGUCGUUGUAUCAGAGUGUUUAGAGAUGGAGGCACUGACGCACAAUAUCGGUGUUGGUGGCGGAACAGUGAUGGCCAAAAAUGCCGGCUGUGAUGUCGUCCUUCUUUGCCGGUCGUUCCCCGUGCAGCAAGAGGCAAUCAACGGGUUGAAAUUGGGCGUUGAGAAUGGAAUUAUCGGCCGCGCUCGUAUUGAGCAGUCUUUACGCCGCGUUUUGGCUCUCAAGGCUCGCUGUACCUCUUGGGAACAAGCACUGAAUCCUCCAGGCCUUAUUUCGCUUACACAGAUGCAGCCUUCUCAUACCAAUCUUUCUACUCGUGCCUACAACGACUCGAUCACGGUGAUGCGAGACAAGAAUAAUCUCAUCCCCCUUUCCAAUAUAAUUGACCCAAGCGAGGAGCUUUUACUCCUCACGCCACUGGUCAAACCACUCGCGGCUUCGGCAGUUACGCUUUCUGUUAAUGAGACAGCCCACGGUGGCCUCGACUCGUCGUCCUGGGAAAGGACAUCUUCAGUCAUGAGCGGGGAGAGUGUGUUUAAGGAACUUGGCCGAUCACUCUCUCGUCAACGAAACGGGCGUGUGCUGCAUACUUCAUACACGGCCAAUGGCGUAGGGCCCAUCCACGAAGAUCUCGUCAAACGUGCGAGUGCUGUGAUUGUUGUCACAGCAGAUGGAUAUCGCAACAAAUAUCAACAAGCAUUUUCGAAACAUAUAUCACUACUUUGUCAAUCCCAAUAUUCAUCAACAGGAGAGCGGCUGGAAAAGCCUUUGAUUGUGGUCUCUGUCAGCUCACCCUACGAUUUCGCCAUGGACUCUUCGGUUGGAACUUACGUCUGCACAUAUGACUUCACAGAGACAGCGCUCCAGGCACUCGUCAAAGUUCUCUAUGGUGAACUGGGCCCCUCUGGAUCAUUACCCGGGUCUAUCAGUCGCAGUCAAAAAAUCCAUCAGUCCCGGCAGCACUGGCUGGUGGAGAACUGGAAUGAGGAACGUGACAGUCACGGCUUGGAUGCCUUGCUAGAUGCAUUGCGGGAAGACUGUACACAAGGCCAGCGCUCCGAGCUUCUCGGUGCGACCUCUAGCAGUUUCCUGCUACGGAAAGAAGAUAUCGACGAGGCACAUUUCGUGGUUCGCAACAGCAGCACGCAAGCCCUGUACGGAUUUUGUGCAACAUAUUUCUUCCAAUCCUCGGGCACCGGCGUUAUUGGCUGUUUGAUCGUCGAUCCAGCUCGGCGAAAGUUGUCAAUUGGACACUCCCUACACAGCCGAGCAAUUCGCUCACUGGUCCAGCGGAAAGGCAUGAAACGCUUCCAGCUCGGCUCGCGACUUCCGGGAAUAUAUUUAGGCAUCCCUACCGUCAGUCCCGUGGAGCGGAAACGACUGCGGCAAUGGUUUGCCAAUCUUGGAUGGAACACGUCGCUCGCGCGCCCGGUAUGCAGCGUGGUGCUGCGCAACUUGUCGAGCUGGACGCCGCCGGAAGGCCUGACGGUAACGCUGCAGAAUGCCGACGCUGUUUACGACUUGGUCUACGGGUGGGACUUUGCCCGCACGAUCCUCGACCACAUCAAGACGAAUGCCCGGCAGGGCGUCGCUGAUAUUUACCGCAUGGCACUGGCCGGUGCGCCGAAUUGUGGGAUCAUCCGUGCUAAGCGGUCGACGGAUGACAUGAUUCUAGGAAGUGUUGUUGUGUAUAAUGAGCGAUCUACCUUGGCAGAGCAUAUGCCGACUCUACGCGCUACGCAUACUCCCACUCCCGUUGGGGGCAUCUCGUCGCCUGUUAUCUCCCCAAUUGCGGAUGACUACUCGACCGUGAUGCAGGGCCUGAUCUUGUUGGCCAUCCGCCAGAUCCGAAAGCUGAAUGCCAAUGCUGUGGUCAUGGACUGUGUGGACGGCGACGGCAAUUUCGAUUGUCUUUCUUCGAUGGGCUUCACCAUGCUACACAGCUUCGAGGAGGUGAAUUGUGAUGCAGCCACAUGGUCGAUGAUGCAUCCAUCGUGA